GCGGAAGUCACCAGUUGCUGCUGUUUUUGUGGAUGAAGGUAGAUAAAGAACAAAACUAAGGCUAUUAUUCAUUUUAUUUUUGUUGGCUACUGUAGUUAUGCCUUUUAUUGUCGAUUUUAAACAAAGAUGUUUUGUGGCAUCUAGGGUUCUAUUAUUAUUCUCCAUCGGGGCAUUUUUGCUUACUAACUGAACAACAGAUGUAGCUGACAUUUGCUAGCUAGCUACCUUCUAACGUACCUUACUACCGGUAUCAUAGUUGUUGAUUACUUUAUGCAUAUUUUCUCCUUUGUUUUCUAAUACUGUUUUUAAACAUUUAUGAUCCAUCAUUGGUUAUGAUGUAGAUCAACUACACUAAGUAUACCUAACAAAGGCACUUAAAUCUUUUGUCUUGCUCAUUCACCUUCUGAAUGGCACACAUACACAAUCCAUUUCUUAAUUGUCUCAAAGCUUAAAAAUCAUUCUUUAACCUCUCCUCCCCUCCAUCUACACUGAUUGAAGUGGAUUUAACAAGUGACAUCGAUAAGGGAUCAUAGCUUUCACCUGGUCAGUCUAUGUCAUGGAAAGAGCAGGUGUUCUUAAUGUUUUGUAUACUCAGUGUAUGUAUAGAUUUUUGGUUGGCUGUGAUUGAAAUGUUGACUAGCUGCAAUAGCAUUUACCUCGCCACCUGUUCACCCCUCCCCCCCACUCUUGUUCUACAGGUUUCCUUGAUGUGAACUGAAGAUAGUAUUGCUCUCCAACAUGUCACAUACCCAAGCACACAGUUACACACUGAUUACAAAGUGUGCGUGCACUGUCAUCACACUACUCUUUGCCUCUGGACAUGCAGAAGAGAUCACUAAAGGUGGAACACAGAACCGUUCACUGGUAUCCGUGCACCGCCUUGCCAGUUUACCUACUCUCCGGGAUAUUGUAGUGAAAGAGGGAGCCAGCACGCUGAUUGAGUGCAAUGUCACUGGAAAGCUAGACGGUAUUCAGUGGUACAAUUCCAAAGGGCACAUUCUGGAUGAGGAAGAGGGAGGUAAUACAUACAGCCAACUCUAUCAACUUCUAGUUACCUGAAACCUUUACAACGUCUGAUGAAUUGCUUUACACUGUAUUAUUAAAAGCACUUUUAAACUUUUGAUUUCUUUCCGAAAGGUGGGAAAUGGCUGAUUCAGGACAAGGGCGUUUUAAAUAUCACAACGGUCAGUUUUGAAGACCGAGGCCGGUACACCUGCAUAGCCUCCAGCUCGUCAGGGACCUCCAACUACACCAUCACCUUACGGGUGGCCUACACCCACAGCGGCCUGGGCCUGUACUACGUCAUCGUGUGCCUCAUAGCCUUCACCAUCACCAUGGUCCUCAAUGUCACUCGCCUCUGCAUGGUCAGCAGUCACCUGAAGAAGACUGAGAAUGCCAUCAAUGAGUUCUUCUGCACCGAGGGAGCCGAGAAGCUCCAGAAGGCCUACGAGAUCGCCAAGCGCAUCCCCAUCAUCACCUCAGCCAAGACAAUGGAGUGGGCCAAGGUCACCCAGCUCAAGACAAUAGAGUUUGCCCGCCACAUGGAGGAGCUGGCCCGCAGUGUGCCACUGCCCCAGACCAUCCUCAGCUGCAGGGCCUUUGUGGAGGAGAUUAUGGAGACAGUGCACCCCUCGGUGGGGGCGACAAGCCUCCAGAAGGCUAUAGAGCCAGCCAACACAGAGGGGAGAGGUAAAACCUGUGUGGUCCAGAUGUCAGCGGAGCAGCAGGGCCCAGCAGCAUACGGCAGAGAGGAUGUUGAUGGUGCCAUUGAAAACAUUGAGGUGUCCAUCCACCCUAUGUCCAAGUGUGAGGAUGAGAAGGGUGCUGAAGGGGAUGAGGUGUCUGUACCCAUGCUGGGGCCGGGCUCCCGCGGGAGUGUGGCUUAUGAAAGUAACAUUUAG